AUGCUCCCGGACGUCCAAGACGCCUACACGCUUUACGGGAACCCUGCCACAACUCUCCUCUCCCUCCUCUCCAACCCUCUCAUCCUCGCCCAUACAGCUCCUCAUCUCUCCGCCUAUGAUCGCCUGAUACUUGCGUCCACAAGCCGAGCAUUCCGAGAACUCAUCAAGCACACCUCGGGCGUCUUCAGGCACCUCGACCUCGCCCAAGUUCGUGGCGCGCAGUUUGACAUUGACGGUAUCGACCGCGGGGGGGAAGUCUGGCGCAACGCCCAGCUCGACGAGAAUUUGACUGAAGAUGAUUUCUACUCGGGCCCGCUGAGGGGCAUCUUGUCCAACAUUCGCCGACAAAACAUUCUCCAAGAUGUGCAGACGCUGGUCCUCGAUGGUCUCUCCGUAACGGCCGAGCUCUGCCACGAAAUCAUCCUCGACCCGGCCUAUAACGUUCGUCUUCUCUCUAUCCGCGGCGUCAAGAACCUCAACGAGCGCAAGCUCUGUGCUUCCCUCCAGUAUGCCUGCAGACCGUCACGGCCCGAGGGCAUGCCUCGACUGAAAGGCCUGUACGUCUUUGGUGCCAAAGACGCUCCACUGCUGCCGAUGACGGCAUCGACCGUCUCGUCUAGGACAGUUGGGACACCUUCGCAAGGGGCGCAAAUCGGAGCGGGUUGGAACGCCAAGUCGCAGCAGGCCCUGACCUCCUCCCUCCGCAGCGAGGGGGAAGACUGGUAUCAGAAGAAGGGCCGCAUCAUCGCACGGCCGUUGGUGGAGGAAUGGGCCAACGCCUUGGUCGAUUGCCACGGCAUCAUCGCCUUUGAUGGCCUGGCCUGCACCGGUCCUCACCACAUGAACUCGCCUGCGUACGGCAAGGUGAGGAUCCCGCCGACAGCCCGUCACUGGGCCGUGGCCACGGUCGCUCUGGGUGGAUGCGCCGGGUGCGGUGCCGCUCCGGAAGGCAUGACGAUCCACACCGGCACGCCCGCGAUCGAACGUCCGCUCCUCUCGCCGCCGCCGCUCCUGACGUCGUCGGUCAAGGCUGCGACUGCGCCACACUCGGGUCCGGAAGCCCCUUCGUCGUCCUUUGUCGCACGAUGCAUCGACUGCCUCCGAGAACGGUAUUGCGCCGGUUGCGACAAGUGGUGGUGCGAGGAAUGCUACCAGGCGCCCGGCGCCGUGACGGAACUGGCCGACUCGGACGUGAUUGUCGUCGACGCCGAGGGCGGCACCUGGGUUCAGCACCAGGAGCACGAGAUCCUGCCCAAGAUCAAGGUACGAAACGGCGCCUGCUUCCCGGACUGCAUCAUGGGCGAGGUCAUGGAUGCGCAGAGGGUGUUGCUGCGCUGA